UUGUAGUUUAAAACUGUUCAUAGUCAGAGAUAUGUAUCGCCAGUAUGUAACCAGUCUCGCUUAAGGAAUGACGCAAAUUUUAACAGUGAAAAUGGUCCUAGAUGAGGCAGUAUGACGUCAACUUAACUAUAUAUGUAUAUAUAUACACGGUGUAUACGUAUAUAAUGUUAAGGCUAGGCGUGCUAUAUGUGCCUUAUGAAAGUAGGCCUGUAUUGUAUACUUCCGAGGAGACACGGGUGGCUGGGCAACGCAGGUUACGCGUGAUGUGAAGAACCGGUCAAAUGGUGAUUGUGAGGACACGACUGCCGCAGGGAGUUUUCUUGUUUGGGCUCUGGUUGCAAUGGAAGUAAAGACACUCCACACACACAUUCGGGAUGGUGACUUCAAAGCUGCCCGCCAAUUAGUCUUCAGUGGCGUCGACGUGAAUCAGAUCUAUUGUCGUGAUACUGCUUUCAGCCUCGCUUUAGAUCAACAAAACGUCAAUGUCAAGAUAGUUGAACUACUUUUGUCGUGUUCGCAAUUUGAUCCAAAUUCAAAGAAUCAUUUUGACAGAACUCCCUUAUUCUGUGCCGCGAAGUUUGGCAAUGUUGCUAUUGUAAACCACCUUUUGUCCUUUGACGUUGAGGCGGAUCAAGCUGACCUAGAUGGGGUGACUCCAUUAGGAGCAACGGUUUGGUACGACUGUUCUGAAGUUGCGAGUACUUUAAUAAGGGCAGGAGCCGAUGUAAACCGUAGUGACAAACGUGGUGAAUCGCCCUUACUUCGGGCAUGUUCCAUUGGGUCUUUUAAUGUGGCAAAAGUUUUACUUGAGAGCGGAUGUGACGUCAAUAAACAGACACUCGACUUCCGGUCCCCUCUUAUGGAAUGUAUCCCGUCGUCGAUGUGCACUAACCAUCCAUGCGAUAAGACAGAAUUGCUCAAUCUUCUCUUAAAACACAAUUGCGACACAAACUUACAAGACAGAUCAGGAUGUUCCGCUUUGCAUUUAUGUGUUUUUAGAGACCAGCUACUCUCGGCCUGCAUCUUAGCCGAGAACGGUUGUAACAUGACACUGAGAAAUAAUGAUGGUUUGACAGCAAUACAUCUAGCAAUGUCUCCUGGGCGACAAUACCUCAAAUUUGCAUCUAGUUUAAUAUUGUAUGGAUGCGACCUACAUGCUGCAUUUCCUGAAAUCGAAAGCGAUAGCGGACCAAUGGCAAUGCUCCUGAAAGGAUUAUCAACGUCAAACAUGUGCCCAAAAGCCACGUCAACUGAACGUCGAUUACUUCUUCAACUGCUUUUGAGUGAUUUCGACCACUUCAGAGUAAACAAGAGUAGGCUACAAAAAUUAUUGGAUGUCCAUGUUGAGGGGAAUGGUCUUCACGGUGAUCUUGAAAUCAUUAGAAAGUUUUGCCUCGACCGAUCUCCCGAUUCACUUCAGAGGAUUUCCAGGCGUAAAAUCAGACGCUGCCUUGGUAACAAAAUCAUUCAAAACGUUCACACACUUCCACUUUGUUCAUCGUUAAAGCACUACUUAGCUUUUGGCUUGAAUUACUAUCAAACAAAUCCCACCAAAUUACUGGAACUACAGCUAGCUGUCAAAAACGGACACUUGGAUAAAAUUCUGCAGUUUCGGCGGGAGGGCGUGGACAUAAACUUUCCAUUCUUAGGAAACACUCCGCUUUUAGUAGCAAUACAGUACGGUAAGGACGCGUCUGUUCAAGCAUUGCUGUCAGCCGGAGCAGAUCCGAAAGUUCUCGGAUUUGAGGGAGAUAAUGUAUUGCACAUAGCUGCGCGGUACGGAAGAGAAAACAUGAUAAGCCACUUCAUUCAAUAUGGAUGUGACAUCAACACGAAAAACAAGAAAGGUAAUCUGCCCAUUCAUGAAGCUUGUCAAAGUGGCAACUUCAUAUCAGCACGACUUCUACUAUCGCAAGGAAGCCUUGUCGCGCUUUCUGACAACUUUGGUAUUUUUCCAAUUCAUUAUGUGACUGCGAGCGGAGACUUGGAGACAUUGCGUCAUAUGCUUGCUAAGGAUUCGUCCGUCGAUUUGGUCGAUCGAUAUAGAAAUACACCUUUGCAUCUUGCUGCUUCAAAUGGAAUCCUAUAUCUGAGACGGAACAUCCCGUUACCAGCUUUAUACUCAAGUGAACUUACAAUGAACCUUGAUAUGAUGAAUAUCAUACACGCUAACAAGAAAGUCCUUGGCUCCGGCGCCAGGGCAAGCAAAGAGCACAAGAGGAUCGUGGAAGAACUGAUGAACGCUGGAAGUAACAAAACUUUAGAGAACCUAGCAGGACAAACAGCAAUAAGUGUCGCACUUGAAUUCGAGUGCUUAGAAUAUUUCCAAAUGGAAAAUGCUUGACAUGAAGAUUUAUUGCGUUACUGGUGUUUGUUUCAAGCAUGAUUUUACUGCGAAGUGUCAAUCCCUAGUCGUAUCAAAACAAAUUAAAAUAAAGAAGAACAUCAUAAUAACAUCUAAAAUACAAAAAGAACAUAACUGCUGUUUUGAUAUGAUAGUAUAAGUGUUUUGUUAAUAAGAAAUACCUGGGUAUUUCAUUUUAGAAAUUAAAGGUGUUUAUGCAUUGUAUGCAAAUGUAUGGCAGGGGUUAACUUUCUUCUGACUCGUCAAUAUUUAUAACCAAGAAUAUAUAUGUUAUAUAUUAUCACCAAAUUUUCCAUUUUAUGAAAAUCAAACAAUUAAUCGUUUGUUAUAAAGUUAUAUUUUUAAUGCAUUGAUAUGUGACUAAUAUAUUUUUGAAUGUCACGUCUAUAUUUUCAUGAAAAAUUGUACUGAUUAAGAAUAUACACACAUAUUUGAUGCCUCUUCGAAAUUUAUACAAUACCCAAAAUCGAUAAUCGCUAGAACUAUAUGGAGCUGGUACAUCUCUUCAUGCUCUAAAAUUUGAUUUCACUAACUAUUCUUGAUGCUUUUGGCCCAAGCGUCACUGAAGACUCCUAGAUGACGAACCCGGUUUUACUCAUUACUCACCCUAUACAGUAUAUGAUACUCUUACAAACUGAAUGGUGCUUUUGCAUGUGUGCCUUUUGAACAAUCCAUACACAAGAAGCCAAUCAUCUGUAUGGUAUAUUAUUGCUAAAUGACGUAAAUUUAUGCUCAAUUAAUUUUAGCUAAAAUUCAUAUACGGGUUUUUACGAAUCGGUGUGUUGAACGAUUAUCGAAAAGUAUGUAUUAACGUGGUGACACAUAUCUAAAUUCAUAGCAUUAAAUAAAUAAAUGUGUGUUGAAAGAUCUACUUUUGUACCAUUUGUAUUUCACACAAGGUUUCAUUGUUAAAAUAUUCAGGAAUAAAAACGAUACUGAUGAAAAUAUAACGUGUUUUUAUUUACAUCAAAACAUUUUCAUAAUUUAGAGUUUGAACACAUAUCAACUGACCUGUCUCUUGGCUAGUGAAGGGAGACAAUUCAAAUUACGACAGCUAUUGAGCCAAAACGUCGACAGGUUUUGUGCUAUAAGUUUCCAACGACUCAAAUACUUUUACCAUAGGAGCUUUUUGUGAAAAUUCCGUUUCAAAUUUUGGCCCCCAAGCAUCAAUGACAAGGUCCCAGAAGGACGAGGACAGCUGUAUAAUGUCUCCUACAUUCAAUGACGAGUUCCUAGAAAGUCAAGACAGCUGUAUGUUGUCCCUGACAUCACUGACGAGUCCUAGAAAGACAAGACAGCUGUAUGUUGUCCCUGACAUCACUGACGAGUCCUAGAAAGACAAGACAGCUGUAUGUUGUCCCUAACAUCACUGACGAGUCAUUAACGAUGAGACAGCUGUUUGAUGCAGUUUAAGAUUCAUCAUUAGGCAUCUAUAUAAGGUGCCUGUUACAAAUUCAUAUUCAAAUGGCGCUAUGGGCUUGAUUGAAUUUUAUGCAAUACUUUGUCCAUAUGUCAGGGGUGUUUUUAAAUGUAAAAACUGUGGUUUCAAUCUACCAUAUCAAAGAUGAUUUCUAAAUAAAAAGGCUUGCUUGAAAAAUCAUCCAUCUGUUUUGAAAAAAAUAGCACUUGAUCAAAUCAAAUAUUUUACUACAGCAUUUGUGUUGAUUCAGUUGACUGUUUAUGAAGUUCCCAUGGAUAUGGCUCCUGAAAUAAGCUAAUUCAAUUAAAGUUGGAAACAGAUUUCGCUAACAAUUUAAAAGGAUGAAACUGUAGAUCUAUCAAUCAUUCUCUGAAAGACCGGAAAUACCAUGUACAAGAAGUUCCGAAAACAUUAGCAAGAUGAUCCAUUCAACAUUUUAAAUUAUUUAAAUUCUUUCUAUAGUACCGCCUCGAAUUAUCACUUACUGACUAUUCAAAUAAAUGAAUCGGAGUCCAUCUGUAGCUAUGGCGUUAAGAGGAUUUGGAUUUCUACAUAUCGACUUAAAACAAAUAAGAUUAUGAGACAUUGCGAAGUUGCUUUAUCAUUAUUCUAAUGUUUAAGUAAAUAUGAAAUAUAUUUUAGACUAGUCAGGUCAUAGCUACAUGUUACUUAUUGAAAUUGACAUUUCUGUAUAGUUAUGAAUAAAA